CGUCACACUGUACCGAACACAGCCGAAGCUAAGCCGAACUACGACGAAGAUCAGACGAAACUGGCCGAAGCUGUAUCGAACGAGAGCAGAAGCAUCUGCUAUGAGACUUGCAGGAAGAGCUCAGCGAUCACGAUAGUAUAUUAGCAAAAUAUCUCAAAAAGGAUUGUAAUGUCUUAAUAUAUUUUAAAACGGAUCAUGUCAGUAGGUGUCCACUGAGCUGCCUGUAAGAUGUCUAUGGUGCUGUUUGCGUCUGUGGUGAGAGUGAGGGACGGUCUACCACUCUCAGCCUCCACAGACUAUGAACAGGACAAAGGAUUUCAGGAGACUAAGAAACAUCUCAAGGGUCUGUCCAAAAAACUCAAUGAGUUUCCUGAUCGCUGCUCUCUCAGAUCUGGCCUUUAUAACAUCAAUUUCACAAGCUCUCUUGGAGUCGGGUACUUGAUGGUUUGCACAGAAAGCUAUCCCAAUGUUCUGGCCUUCAGCUUCCUGGAUGAGCUUCAGAGAGAGUUCAUUGUCACGUAUGACACCAAGCGGAUCAACAGCGCUUUGAGGCCUUUCUAUUUCAUUGAGUUUGAUAACUUCAUUCGGAAAACCAAGCAACGUUACAACAGCCCACGUUCCCUCUCCACCAAGAUUAAUCUGGCCGACAUGCAGACUGAGAUCAAGCUCCGGCCUCCUUAUCAGCUGUCCACGGAGGACAUUGGAUCAAUCAAUGGCUUCUCACAACACAAGCAGUCUAAAUAUAAAGGCAUAGCUCCUAAUCAAAUGUUGGAGGCCAUCACCCUGUCGGGUAUCGUCGCCUGCGUCCUAAGUGUCCUAUGCGGUGCUCUUAAUUUGCUGCGGGGAGUCCACGCAAUAGAAAGCGUAUUGCAGAACGAGGAUGAAGACUUUAAUUACGUAAUUGCUUUUUUCCUCGGAACCGCGGCCUGUUUGUAUCAGUGUUACUUGUUCGCCUACUUCUCAGUUUGGAGGAACAUCAAGUCAUUCCUGGCCUUUGCUAUGAUUUGCCUAUGUAACAUGUAUCUGUAUGAACUCCGUAACAUGUGGCAGAUCCUCUUUCACGUGACGGUAGGAGCGUUCAUCACUCUGCAGAUCCACCUGAGACAACCGCAGGGCAAAUCACCUGACUACAACGUUUGACCCCUUGAACUCUUUUAAGACUGCGUAACGUAGCCCAACAUGGCAACCCCAACCAGUUCCCACCCUAUCUAAAGACAAAAGAACUAUGGUUUGUGACGCUGGUUUUACAAAAUAUUUUGAUAUUAAGAAACACUUCCUGCUGUUUCACAUCCAGUUGAGGUCACAGACGAGAAACGGGUGUUCUUGUUGAUGCAAAAGGUUCAUAACAGAGACUUCAUAAGCGCACCGUGUUAGAUUCAUGCAUGAAAUAUUGAAGGAAGCAUUAGCAGAUGAAUCAGAUGUGCACAGUUAAUAUAUUUUCCAAUAGGGAGGAGUUAUGUUUUGUUUUAAUUGACAUCAGGGCUUAAAGGGACAGCUCACCCAGAAAUGAAAAUUAUUACAUCAUUUCUUGAACAAUGUUCACAUGGAUUUCCUUCAUUAAAAAGAUUAAAAAAAAUUUUUUUUAAAAAUCAGAUAAAAGCAUCUACUUAAUAUAUAUAUAUAUAUAUAUAUAAAGAUGCAUAUUUUGCAGCAAAACAUUUUCAAUACCAUAUCAACAUUUUGAUUGCAAUUUGCUUCAUGUACUUUUGUCUUUUUGUCUGAUUUUCAAAUUAAAUUUUUUUAAUGAUUAAAUUCACUGCAUAGCUGAUUGGUUUGGUUCAUAGCGUAUAACUCUUAAAUUAUGAUUUUUAAAAAAAAAAUCCAUAUGGCAAAAAUGAAUGAAAUUAAUUGAAAAAACCUAUUGGAAAAAUUGGGCAGGCACUGUUGCACUUUAACUGUGUGUAAGAAACAGACCAAAAUGUAAGUUAUUAUUCACUAGUUUAGUAGUUCAUUAACAAACUCUUGCUUGACAGUUGUAAUUAUUCACAUUUUAUUGUGGUAAAUCGCAGCUUAUACAUUCAUCUAAACAUUUCCUUUCAUGUACCACCGAAUAAAGAAAUGAUUCAAACUUUUCAUUUUUGGGUUAACUUUUCCUUCAAGAUUUUUGACACAUUGUAUGAUGGUUUCUCUAUUUUGAUUGUUAAAGCCAACUCAUAUGCAAGACUUUUUAUAGCUACCUAUUAAAAAAUUUAAAUGUAACAUUGCUGUAUUUUCACUCAUGCAAAAGCAGACUUUGGUGAUUUUAUUUUGUCAUAUGCUUUCAUAGAUGCCUAAUUUGAGCGUCACUGUGUUUAUGGUCAUUAGUCAGACGUCUCUGCCCUGAAAGCAUAAUCAGAUGUGUUAUUUAUCAAUCGUGUCUAUGCUGCCUGCAGGUGUGCAUCCUGUAAAUUAAUGUGGUUGGCUAAGAGAGAAAUGGAAUCACACUAACAGACAGACUCUGUUUCCCCCCCCCUCAGUGUUUGCUGCCUUUUGUCAACGGGUCUAUUCAGUGACCAUGUUGAGUGGUAUAAAUGAAUUAUGUUUUAUUUUGUUUCUAUUCACCUGGUUUGUUUUCAUUGUGCAAAGGACAGGUUGAAUGGAUGAUUGACAUAUUAAGGUGUCAAGGGGUUUUAAAAUUCCUCAGAAGAUAUUCAUGCAUUUCUUUUUCCCCAAGUGUCAGCACCUGCGUCUUUGUAUUGCAAUGUACCUCAAUGCUCUCUCUCUCGCCAGCAGUAGUGCAUUGCCUUGCCAGUUUGUUUGUACUCAGACGAAAGGCCCUGUCUUGAAAUCAUCAGUAAAAACCUUGAUUUGUA